AAGACCCCAUGAUACCAAUUAUACAUCAUCUGAAAAAUUAAAGGAAUAAACGGGAGGUUGUUUUGUUGCGGACCCUUUUCUUCGUCGUUUCUCUCUGGUCGGAGCGAAAAGGCUUUGAACUCUCUCCGGAACGCGAGGAUUAGGGUUUAUCCCCAGCGCAAUAGAAUUUCGCAAUCGCAGACGAACCCAGAAGCUCCUCAAUUCGUUUUCUUGCUGUUUCGAUUGGGGCGAAGGGACACAGAGCGAGAGGGAUUCGGCGUUUCUCCUUUGGAUCUCUAACUGCAAUCCAGUAUGCUCGUUACUCAUUAGUAAUUUAAACAUCGACGUAUUUCUAUCUUCUGCUUGGAAGUACUCUCGAGUUUUGAGAUUAAGCAUUGGCGGGCCUCUAAAUUUGUGAGGAAGGUUGGAUGAUCGGAAAUAUCUGUGAUUUGGUGGUGCCGUGGUGGUGUGUUCAUUCAGGCUUCCACUUCAACCUGAGAGCAAUAUCAUUGGUGAAAUAGAAUCAACUACUAAAGUUUGUGACUAGCAAAUCAUUACUUGAAGCAAGUUGAUGGAUUCAGAAAACAAAAAGUUUGGAAGAGGCUAUUCUGUCUUCUGUUACCAUGUCAUGAUCUGCAUUUUAGAGACAUAAGUUUGAUACCUGAAGUGAGCUUGGUUCCAUUAAAAUAUCAGGCCCCAGAGAACUUACAGGUGCUGUUGAUCUUAUUAGCCGCUUCAGAUUGCUACCUCAUCAUGAGUAUUUCUGCAAGAGGCCACUUCCAUUAUCAAUUUCAGAUACACACUAUCUGCAUAAUGUGGUUGGAGACACAGAAAUUAGGAAAGGCGAAGGGAUGCAAUUGAAUCAGCUAAUUGAGGAGAAUUCUGUUUCAAGAGAGAUGAACACAUCCAUAAAGCCAUUUGAUUUAGAUGUUUUGGGGGAAGCUUUUCAGUUGAGGGAAACAUCUCCAAUUGAUCUGCCCACUUCUGAAAAGGGCAUCCCUACUACAGUGGGGAAAUCUAAGAGUGAGUCAAAAGACAAGGAGAAGAAGCAUAGAAGGCACAAGGACAAAGACAAGGAAAAGGAUAAAGAACAUAAGAAGCACAAACAUCGUCACAAGGACCGAAGUAAAGAUAAGGAUAAAGAGAAAAAGAAAGAUAAAAAUGGUCAUCUUGAUUCUGGUGCUGAACAUUCAAAGAAGCACCGUGAGAAGAAAAGGAAGCAUGACGGAGAGGAAGAUAUCAAUGAUCACAGGCACAAGAAGAGCAAGCACAAGAGCUCAAAGAUUGAUGAAAUGGGUGCAAUAAAGGUAGCAGGCUAACAAGUGCGGCGUGCAACACCCAAUGUUUUCCUUUUUUCCCUCAGACUUUUAUUUGAGAAUUUGAAGGGAUCUUCUUAGUUUACUAUUAUGAAGCAUUUCCAAGAAUAGUAUAUGGGAAAUGAAAGGUUGAUGAUAAGGUGAAUAUUCAUGCUGAAGUAGAUAAAUGCAGUUGGAAAAUAUGGAAAUGAACAUCAGAAAAGAUGAUCUCUCAUUACAGCACAUUGGGUUUCACAAAUGUUUCUUCUUUUAUCCUCUCUAACAAACUUAAUUUAAAGGCGUUUUGAGUUGUGAACCAGAGAAUGAGAUAUGUUUAAAUUUAUGCUAUUCAGCUUGAAGUUCCGAUUUCUGCUCUUCCGUUUAUAGUUUGUAGUCUGUAGAUAUUUAUUUUAGGGUUGUGGUGUGUAGUAUGGAUUUGUUUCUGAAGUGCAGAAGUGGGUUACAGUUGUACUUGUAUUGUUUCAAAAGAUGUUCUUUGAUGUGUGUACACUACCAAUAGAAGGAAAUAAAUUAAGUCAAUUUUUGUAUUUAGGCUUGAAGCAAACCAAGUGUAGGGGAUAGAAAGCCAGUGUGCUACUCUUUAUUAUCUGUCGUUUUGUGUGCGCUCUUCUUAAUUCAAUGUUAAUACUUCGUAUUUGCUAUGCC